UUACCAAUCAGCUGAUGGAGGCUCUGUGUGUGUGGUGGGGGCAACUUGUCCAGUUGGAACUUACACAUGUCUGUUUUUGCUCAGGUUGGAACAGGGAAAGUUGCUGAAGGAACGCGAGGGGGAACAGUCAAGUUGUUUUUAACAUGAGGACAAAGAAGCCCAUGGUUGCGACUCGCUGUUCAGUUCGCUUGAGGAACAGGCGGCUUCGAUGCUGUGGAUUGGGGUCUUCCAAUGACGGCAGCCGUGGCAGAACACAGAAAGCCACCUCGUCUGCGGACAAAGCAAAUCCCACCUUGGUCUCUGUGGUUCCCAACCCAAAUAAGCCUCCCACAAAGAAAGCAAAGUGGGCACGAGUGGAGGCGACUGAUGGCACUGAGCAGGGCUGGGAAGACUGCGAGACCACAGAACUGUCUCACAAAGCAGCACAACGAAAGGAGGAGUCGGCAGUUCGAGUUUGCAUAGAAGGGCACUCCUUGCGUCCUGAGGUUGAGGCAACCUCUGUCACCAACUGGGUAGAGAAUGAAAAGCCAGGAGAGAGCCCAGCUCAAACUUACGAGCCAGCCUCAAAGCACAGCCACUCCCUGGAGAUGUGUAACAUGGGACCAUUGGAAACUAUCAGCAAUGGCGUCUUGGGAAAUGAAGGUGGGAGUGAGAAAACAGAAGACAGUGUAGAAGGAGAUACAUCAGAAGACCGAGAGAGCAUGGAGGUUGAUCAACAUCGUGGAACUUCCUUGAAACUGGACAACAGUGUCUUUUUGGACGAAGACAGUAACCAACCAAUGCCUGUCGGCAAAUUCUUUGGGAAUGUAGAAAUCAUGCAGGAUCUUCCACCAUUCAUGCCGAUGCCGGAAUCUCUGACCCGGAGAGAGUACAGGAGACGGCAUUUCAUCGCGAAAGAGGACGAGGACGAAGACCUGAUAGAACAGGGAGCUGGCGAGAGCGUAGGAGAGCCAAGGGAUAGGCCUGUCUCCGGAGUGGGGAUAUCUGCGGACCUUGAGCCAAUGGCUGUGCAGAACAUGCCAGAAAUGCUGAAGAAGUGCUUGUGACAAUCUCCCGGGAUGUAGAGACUCCUAACCAACACGCAGCAAAGCAGAGACGUUUGUUUGCAAAGAGACUUCUCCAGAUGACCCCACGUGCUGGCUUGAACAUGAGCCAACACUUGCCGUUGCCUCGUCCACAUUUGCACCAAGUGCCAUGUUUAGUCCUUAAGGAUUUUGCUGUUGUUUCAGCUGUUUUGCUCUACUUUAAUGCAUUUUUAUGUUGAUGUUUGCAAGACAGGCCCAACAAACUCUUGUGUAGCGAAAACAGGGCAGUAACCAAAUUACUUGUGGCCCUGUCAGAUCUCGCUGUUUAAUCUCUGGGGCAAAAUGAGUGGCGUUUGGCAUUUUUUGCAGUGUGUUGCCAGAGUGGGUGAGAUGUGCUAUCCACACUGAUUCCUUUAAAGAGUCGAGAUCAUAAUUUAAUGCUAGUAUUGAGCUUUCAAAGAGCAGAUGGGAAACUUUCACAGUUGUUUUCUGGGAUCGUCAGUGAAAUGAGAGGGGAAGAUUCUGCCAUUGAGCAUGGCUUUCUAUGUACAGCCUGCGCUGUCCACCAUUCACCGGUUCAUGGGAUUUAAUUUGAGAAACCGAGGGCAAGGCAGAGCUGGGGUAAUUACUGCAAAAUUUCGAGAGAGGUUGUAAUGAUUAGAAGAUGUAGCAAUAGAUGUAGCUGCUCUCCAGAGAACUGGCAGCCAAUGGAAGAUGAAUCAAAUAAAACCCAUUAUGCAGACAUUACGCUAUUACACCGAGCGCCAGCAUAUUAGGGGGUGACCUCAACCACCUCAAAAAGCUAAUCCAAAGAAUAAAACAAUCCUUUGCAUUUGU